AUGACGUUCGAUCUUUCAGACCUUUUGCUCAAGGUCCUCCUCCCGAUGAGAUUUUGUGAGGCACAGAGAUUAGCCCAAGCUCAACUUGCAUGCGCUAAUAUAUAUCUCCUCUUUCAACUUCUGCAGACAAGACAGUCCCUCACACCAGAACAGAUAAAUGAAGCAUGCUAUGUUGACAUAAAUGCAAAUAAGGCAGUCUUUGACAGUUUGAAUAAUAAUCAUAAAGUAAAUUAUGAUGGGAAGCGUUUUUCUUACAAGUCCAAACAUGAUCUGAAAGGAAAAGACCAAUUGCUUUCUCUGAUAAGGAGAUUUUCCGAGGGCCUUCCUGUUGUGGACGUCAAGGAUGCAUAUCCAUCCGUGAUGGAGGAACUGCAGGUAGUUUUUGAAACCCAUGCAGCUUCUAUAUGUGGUAUUGAUGCAUGUGCCCCUAGUAAGUGCAGCCUUCUAUUUCCUUUAUGUGAAUUCAAGAACGUACCAUUAUAUGACGACAUGGUUGAUAUUGAGAAGGAGCUGCAGAAGAAUGGCAUGAAGCCUGCGACCAACACUGCCAAGAGUCGUGCCAUGGCUCAGGUCCAUGGCAUCAUCUCAAAGCCCAAGCCUAAGAAGAGGCGCGAGGUUGGCCGAAGGACCAAGCUGACCAAUGCCCAUCUCCCAGAGCUCUUUCAGAACUCGAACACGCCCGACUCUUGA